GUCCAACUCGUGCUUAGUGUGACGGACCGUGAAACCAUCUCUGAAAGCUAUACGAGACCGCUGUAUUUGUUCCCGAAGAGAAUUUACACCUGAACUGGAGCUCAGCGUGAUUCGCCAAGUUAUGCGUAAUAAAGCGCACCGCUCGUCGUGACGCAGCGUCACCGUUUUGGAUGUACAACUCUAACUGUAAAUCCGAUUUACUAAAGGCAACUUUUUCCUGAUGGGGAUUAUAAAUACCAUGAGGAUUUUGUGGGUGUUUGUUUUGUGGUUCGUUGAUUUAUCAGAUGCUGUGAUUGACUUGACCAUGAUCUCAACAGCGGAGGUCACCAACGUCAAUCACUUUUCCAUCUCUUGUAUCGCUGGAGAGAGCCACCCUGACAAGGUUGAGUUGGACAUCAAGAGAGACAACAAAAUCCUCAUAUUCCCCAAGAGGCCUAAUUUUAAAGUGUAUAAGCCCAGGAACGUGGAGGCUGUGGCCAGAGACUUUCGUGACCUGGAUAAUAUUGGCAUCUUCUUCUGUGAAUCUGCUCACGGGGACAGUCCACUUGAGACUGUCACAAUGAUCAAUAACUUUCCCAGAGCAAGUUUUGUCCCAACUCACCUCACGCUGACCGCUAACAAAGGAGAGACAGUUCACCUCAGCAUGCAGCUACUCAGCUCCCAAAAGAGAGAUGUGACCUGGAAAUACAAUGGAAACUACUAUUAUAUGACUCACUGGAUCGAUGUGAUCAAUCGCACUGCUGUUCUCACUGUGGAGAACGCAGCUUUUGCCAAUCAAGGCAUCUACAGUGCCAGCUACGUGGGGGACAGCCCUCUCCAGGGAGCUUGGAUGAGGCUCAUUGUCAGAGAUUGUCCCAGUAAGAAGUGGGGUCCGUACUGUGCCCAAGACUGUCCGGAGUGUCUCAACGGUGGAGUGUGUCAUGAUGCUGACGGACUCUGUAUCUGUCCACCAGGGUUUAGGGGGUCACACUGUGAGACAGCCUGCAGGGAAGGAAUGUUUGGCCCAAACUGCGGGGAGUCAUGUGGCUCCGAGCUGAACUGCAAGGGGCUUCGCUUUUGCCUACCAGACCCUUACGGCUGUUCUUGCGCCAGCGGCUGGUUUGGGAGCCGCUGUGAGAGGGCCUGCCAUAAUGACAUGUAUGGACCAGACUGCAGGCUGAGCUGUAAAUGCCAGAAUGGAGGAGUUUGCAAUCGUUUCAGUGGAUGCCAGUGUCCCACAGGGUGGAGAGGACAGAACUGUGAGAAGUCUGAUCUGGCUCCCCAGAUCUUGGAAUUGGAUAGUAAUUUGGAGUGGAAUCUGAACUCAAGCCCCAAGAUCUGUUGUUCAGCCACAGGCAACCCCCUGCCCAGCCACAACAGCAUUGAGCUGCGGAAGUUGGACGGCACUGUGCUAAAGGCCUCUCGCACUGUCAUGGACUCGAAUAAGAGUACAGCCCUGUUUGAGAUCCCUCAUCUGAGUGCUCAACAAGGAGGAUUGUGGGAGUGCAGGGUGUCCACCAAUGGGGGCCAGGACUCCCGCAAGUUCAACCUCACCAUUAAAGAGCCCCCUGUGCCCACUACUGCCCCCAGACUGCUGGAAAAAAGAAGCAAGCAGCUGCUGGUGAUGCCGGUGGACUCCCACAGAGGAGACGGCCCCAUUGUCUCAACCAGGCUCCUCUACAAGCCGGUGGAGAACAUAGGCUCUUGGUCCUCCAUUAUAGUUUAUAGUGACAAAGAGCCCAUUACGCUGAUGAACCUCAAACCUUCAACAAGCUACCAUGUCCGUGUCCAGCUGAGUCGGCCUGGGGAAGGCGGAGAGGGGGCUAUGGGGCCAGAGGCCGUCAUGGAGACUGAUUGUCCGGAGCCCACAGUUCAGCCUGAGAUUGACAUCAGCUCGGUGGAAGGCCGCAAUGCCACUGUACGCUGGCGACUGCCCGCCAACAACGGCGUUAAUGCCGGCACAGCCAGUGGCUUUUUAGUGCAGCUCUUCAGUCCGCACGGUGAGAAACUACGGGAGGAGAUGACCCUGCUCACUGUACUCUCCACAAAGUUCCACAACCUGGAGUACCAGCAGGACUACACCGUGGUGGUGAGCCUCGUCAACUGCGGCAGCCAAGGGCCGGCUUCCAAGCCCUACCAAUUCCGCAUCAACAGCCAGGGUCCGUCAUCCCCACGCAACGUCCAGGCCCUGCCUCUGUCCGUGUCAGCCAUCCAGGUGAGAUGGCAGCCCCCUGUAGAUCCCAAUGGAGGCAUCAUCAAAUACAUCAUAGAAUACCAGACAGUCGGCCAGGGGAGUCCUCACCCUUGGGUGGACACAGAUGAUGGAAACAAGACCACCAAAGAUGUGACAGCACUCAACGACAGCACACUCUACCAGUUCAGAGUUAGAGCUUUCUCCAAAGUGCCCGGAGAGUGGAGCAAGUUUGUUGAGGCGAUGACACAAGGGGAUGGCCUUCAGAGUUUAACCCCGACCACCCAGGGUGUCGCUAGGAGGCCUCCUGGGGACAGUUACCAGCUGUUGGUGGCAGUGGUUGGUUCGGUAACUGUCACCUGUGUGACUAUCCUGCUUGCACUGUUGGCUCUUUUCUUCAUCCGCAAGACGCUGCUCAACCGUCGGCGCAAGUUCACCUACCAGUCUGGAUCGGGUGAGGAGACUAUUCUGCAGUUUAACUCAGGAACUCUGACGCUGACACGGAGGCCCAAGCCGACACCAGAGCCCCUCACCUAUCCAAUCCUGGAGUGGGAGGAUAUAAAGUUUGAAGAUGUCAUUGGAGAAGGCAACUUCGGCCAGGUCAUCAAAGCCAUGAUCAAGAAGGAUGGCAACAAAAUGAGCGCAGCCAUCAAGAUGCUGAAAGAGUUUGCCUCGGAGAAUGACCACAGAGACUUUGCAGGGGAGCUGGAGGUGCUGUGUAAACUAGGCCAGCAUCCCAACAUCAUCAACCUGAUCGGCGCCUGCGAAAAUAGAGGUUACCUGUACAUAGCCAUUGAAUAUGCUCCCUAUGGUAACCUUCUGGACUUCCUGAGGAAGAGCCGAGUGUUGGAGACUGAUCCCGCCUUCGCCAAGGAGCAUGGCACUGCUUCCACUCUCACCUCCCAGCAGCUGCUGCAGUUCGCUGUAGACGUGGCAACUGGGAUGCACUACCUAAGUGACAAACAGUUCAUCCACAGGGAUUUGGCAGCCAGGAAUGUCCUCGUAGGAGACAGCCUUGUGGCAAAGAUAGCAGACUUCGGCCUGUCCCGCGGAGAGGAAGUUUACGUUAAGAAGACGAUGGGGAGGCUGCCUGUACGCUGGAUGGCCAUUGAGUCCCUGAACUACAGCGUGUACACAACCAAGAGUGAUGUGUGGUCUUUUGGAGUUCUCCUCUGGGAAAUUGUAAGCUUAGGUGGCACACCGUAUUGCGGUAUGACUUGUGCGGAGCUUUAUGAAAAACUGCCACAAGGCUACAGGAUGGAGAAGCCCAAAAACUGUGAUGAUGAGGUCUACGAGCUGAUGAAGCAGUGCUGGAGGGAUCGGCCCUACGAGAGACCCCCCUUCUCCCAAAUCUCUGUCCAGCUCAACAGGAUGCAGGAGGCCAGGAAGGCUUAUGUGAACAUGGCUCUCUUUGAGAACUUCACCUACGCUGGGAUCGACGCCACCGCCGAGGAGGCCUGACUACCAGCCCCCCCAGACCCUAGUAUGCCACGUAGCCCCAAGAGGAAGUCCCGAGGAUGGUCGCCACGUUACUGCCACCACCCUGCACCUCAACGUCGAGACAGGAGGACGAGGCGCUCUACCAAAGCCACCCAGCUAUAGAUGGAGGACUGUGAAAGGACACUGUGUGGAGGUAUCAAAGGCAUAAGGAGAUGAAGAGGAUUGCUGGGCCUUGGACGGAAAGAUGCGAUUGCUACUAACCUUUUGGGAAAUACUGCCCCCCCUCCAUCACUACAAAUCAGUCCCAGAAGAAAAGACACAACAUUUUACCUCUUGCUGUUACAAGAGUUAGAAUGCUGGACCCUUUUUUUCUGAGUGUUGAGGGGAAGUGGCAAAUACGGAGCUAUGUGACUUGCUGAAACACCAUAGGGUCUGUGGGGAGUCGACACUGGACUUUAUUUUCCCUCCAAUGCUCUAAACGGAGAAGGAAUUUUUUUAUUAUUGAAAAAUGAUAUUAAAAGGACACAGUAUGGAUCACAAAUAUUCCAGUUCUCAGACUGUUAGAAAAAGGAAGACAAAUACAAUGUAGCACUUAAAACCAGUCUCAUUCAUGACAUCUGUGUCUUUAACUGUUUGCUAUCACUGCCAUUUUAAUGUAACUACUACUGUAUAUAUUUUGUAUUUUUUUCUAAAGGUCACAUAGAUGUAUCAAAGCCUCCUAUUCAAUAGUAGUCCGAGUAACAGACUAGUAUAGAUGAAACCAUGGUAGAUGCUCCAUAUGUUGCAUGUAAAGCUCCACCACAGGAGUAAUUGUUUGGAAAAUGCUGCUCACACAGGACAAAUGCACAGCAGUCUACCAGCUAGCAACAUUAUAGUUUACCUUUAACAUUAUGCAACCUAACGCAUUGUAUGGUAAUAUAUCCAUCAUAUGAGAUUGUACAGUAUGUUUUCAUUAAAUGGUUCCUCGAAUAAAA